AUGCUCUGUCGCCGCUCAGCGCCUCGUCAAGCGUCCAGACCUGAUAACGUGGCAACAUUGGUGUACACUUCUGGGACGACCGGGAAUCCCAAGGGCGUGAUGCUCACGCACAGCAACCUGAUGCAUCAGGUCAAGCUCCCCUCUCCCCCCCAGUUCCUGCAGUUCCAUCCUGCUCUGCCUCCAGCUAUCUCGGGCUACCUCUCCUCGGGGCCCCCAUUUCGUCUUCCCGUUCUUCCUCCUCCACUAUCCAUGACUAUUCGCCAUAUUCGCCAGUAUCGUCCCAUCUUGUUCGUGCUUGCAUGCAUUCGCACGUCCCUUUCCGUCAUCUCAUGUUGCGCAGUCCAGAAGAAGCUUGCUGCAGCAUCAACCGCCAGGGCAGCAGUUGCCAAGUUCUUGAUAAAAGUCAGCUCCCUUCACAAGGAAGCUCUGCGCAUCUGGACAGGAAUGGCUGUGCUCCGCUCACGUGAAAACGUUCAGGGGCUCAUGUUUAUGAAGGCUGUGGCAGAAUGUUUGGGAGCUGGACUUUUAGCGCUGGUGCUGCUGCCUCUUCACCUGCUGGCGGAGAAGCUUGUGUACACCAAGGUCAAAGCUGCUAUCGGCAUAAAAAAGGCAGCUGUGAGUGGUGGAGGCAGCUUGCCGUCGCACGUGGACAAAUUCUUUGAGGCAUUGGGAAGCAUUGGGAGUCCCGUUCCUGGAACAGAGAUAAAGAUUGUAGACCUGGAGACGGGAGCUGGUCUCCCUGCAGGCCAACGCGGGUUGGUCAAGGCACGUGAAAAUGUGGAGCCUGCUUUUGUCGAGGAGGCUGCACUUAGCAGCCCUGUCAUCCGCCAGAUUAUGCUCGUCGGCCAGGACGAGAGAAAGCUUGGAGCGCUGAUUGUUGUGAAUGAGGAGGAGAUGGAGGUAGCAGUGGCAAGCAUGAGAGCGGAGAAGGGGAUGGAGGGAGGCGAGGUGACAGAAAAGGAACAGAGGACUGUCGUUCGACAAGAGCUCACCCGCUGUUUAACAGAGGGCAGGUUGUUUGCCGCAUGA